CCGAUCACAUAAAAUGAUUCCCCUAACUAGUUGUAUCAAGAAGUCCCUGGAGGAGCAUCAAGGGCAUUUAUUAGUGAAUAAGAGUAAAACAAACAGUGUGCCGCUAAAGAUCGCAAAUGUCUCUCAAAUCGGAUAUGAUCCGCCGAAGAAGAAAAAGAAAAAUAUGUUGAGACCGAUUACGCUGCAAUUAAUUCAAGACUGGGCCAGAGAUAUAUCAAACAUAUUACACGAAAACGAAAAUCUGACGGUGCGGCCAGAAGAACUUUUAAAGGGUUUUUCUGAUAUAAAGAUUGAAGUGCGCAAUGGAACUGCCAUAGUUGAGAAAACUGCAAAAGCGUUAGAAGAAUUAUUAGAAAGGCGAGGCAGGGCCGCAGAAGCGAUCAUGCGGAAGGCAGAAGAAUUGGCAGCUAAGAAGGAAAACCCUCCUUCUGACUAUACAUUCACUAGGAGUAUUAAAAUAGACGAAUUGAAGGAAUUGACGCCAGACGAUGAAAAACCGGACGAGAAAGGGAAGGAAUGGGACAUGCCUCUGAAUUGCAGCAGCCGUAAUAAAGUACUUCUGGUGAAUAGCGCCCACUUUGACGCGAAAGUAUCUUUAGAACAAACCAGCGUGCACGUUGCCACCGAGGUAUUCGAAUGUGAUCCUCGUGUUAUCGAACAUAUAUACUGGACUGAAGGGCUGAUAAAAACAUUCCGGGACAACUAUGCAAAGGAUGCCACAUUGGAUUUACAGUAUAUGUGCAGCGCCAAAGGUUUUCUACGCCAUUAUCCAGCUGCACUAUGGCCGAGCAUGUACAAACUAAAUGUGGGCGGCGAAGAGCUAUACGACUGCAGACUUCGGCCGUGGUACGUGAGUGCCAGUGGGGCUCCUCGGGAUGUCCUGAUCCUAGUUGACGCAUCCGGUUCUAUGAGCAACUCCUCAAACCUUGUAGUCGCUGAGCAGUUCACACUGGCAUUGCUCAGUGCCCUCACGGAUGAUGAUCAAGUAAACGUGCUGCGUUUCAACGUUCUAGUGGAGUCUCCCAUCCCGUGUUUUAAUGAGACACUUGUGCCGGCCAAUCACGUGAACUCAGCAGCGAUGAUGGCUGUGCUGAAGCACCAAAUCACAGUCAACGAGACAUGGAUGACCGAUGUGCUGCAGUACUCAGUGCAGUUGCUGAAGAAACACCGUGAAUCCAACUUACGGCCACCAUCAUGCCAACAAGCUAUCGUCAUGCUUACUGACAGUCUUUAUGAGAAUUAUACGGAGCUUAUGCGCCAAUUCGAUCCAGAGGGACACAUAAGGCUUUUUAUACUGUGGUUGCACGAUCCCAACGGAUUGCGAGACGACACUCAUUUAUUCGGAGAUUCAGUGAGCUGCGAUCGUGAUGGCUAUUUCUCCGAGCUCAUCACGCAUGCUGACGUCACGGAACAAGUAAUGAACAUCCUGCGGGUUAUGGAGCGACCUCUGGUGGCUCAACGAAAACAAAGGCUGCGCGUGUAUAGCGAUGUGUACGCCAAUGUCGAGGACCCUCGUAGAAGUGAAUAUUACUGGCAGCUGAAGGAAAAUGCCGAGCAAGUUUACCGCUACAGUGAGCUGCGGCGUAACAAGGACCAGUUUCUGACCACUACUCGCCAGUACGGAGAUUAUCUGCAUAUGCGAAAACUGGAAAAAUAUGGCCAAUACUAUGAAGAUGAACAAGUAAACUACAGGCUUCAAGUAAGCGUUUCGGUUCCUGUCUUCGAUAGCACGACUGUUGAGAAUAUUACAAUAACAUUGGAAGAAGAAAAACAGAGGAAUUCUACUAGAACGUAUCCCGUUAAUCGACUUCUGGGCGUGGCAGGAGUUGAUAUACCAAUCGACCACCUGAAACUGAUCCUUCCUUACCAUCUGGUGGGAGCAGGCGGAUCGUUAUUUAUUGUUGAUCAUCGCGGAAAUAUCGUCAUUCAUGAGAACUCCAAACCAGUUUUCGACGGUGAUAUACUGAAGCCUGGAUAUCGCACCGUGGACUUUUUAGAUGUGGAGCAACCCGCCAAAGAUCAUUAUCCGAGACACUACCCUCAGGAAUGGUUAGAUUUCCGCAACAGCUUAGUCAUCGAGCAUCCAAGUGGUCACAAAACAAUGGAAGUCAAAACUGUAUUCGAAGGCGGAAUGCGAGUUAUCUUAGAGAAGAAAGACUAUUUUUGGAAGCGGGUGAUGAACCAUUACACAGUGGUGGCAUCUUUGCCGAAAUACAACUCGAAGCACGCGGUCCCUGAAGGCGCGUUCACGCAGAAGGUGGCUGAAGAGGCGUGGAAAGCUUUAAAUUCAUUAGAUUUCUCUGUGCAUCCAGACUGGUUGUAUUGUCAACACGUGGAUCCCCACUUCGAAGAUAGAAAGGAUGAGGUGCUGCAUUUUAUAGAAAGGCGAAAAAACGAAUCACACUUCGCUAUGAGAAAAAUUACCCAUUUAUUUACACCCAUCAAACCGAUUGUGAGAGAGAAAACUUAUCAAUGUAACGAAGAACUGAUGGCAAGGACGAGCAAGGAAGCUGUAGCAACAUAUCGCUGGACUCAAAACGAAGAUGCUGAAGAGACUUGUUCCGACUGCAAGCUCGGUUCAAAUCUGGCUUUCUUUGCUAGCGAGAGUGGUCUGAUGCGGUGGCAGCUGUUUCGCGCGACGAGCAGACACGCUCAGCCGCCUGACCAUAACCUGUGGUCGCGCGGCCCCGAGGAGGCGUGGUACCGCCGCGCGGCUGCGUCGCCAGACAAACUCGUGAUUCACGCCCCCGUCGCACCCAUACGAAUUCUGAGGAACAGCGAUUUGUCUCCUCCACCGCUCGGAGAGAAGUGGCACUGGUUGACAGCGGCACGGACACUCGGGCACCCCACUAAGGGCAUCAUCGGCGUCGCCGGCUACCACUUCUACCCGCAACACUUGCGCGACGUACUUAACAGCUAUACCAACUUUCCCUGCCCAGAAGGAGAAGAGGACACGUGUGAACCUCACUGCGAUGGAAUCGUUUGGACGUGUCUCCUUAUCGACGAUGGGGGCUGGAUAGUUUCUACCAAUAGCGUGGAAGAGGAGGAGGUGGAGGACGAACCGAUACGACAACACCUCGCGAAUACGUAUCCAGCGGUCAUGUCGGCGUUGCUCAACGCUAACAUCUUUAAGCUACGUUGGGUUCACGACUAUCAGGCGGUUUGUUUUCCACCUGUGAAGGAAACGCUGAAGUCUUCGGCUUCUUUAAUACCUUCACUAAUGCGAUCAAUGUGGAACACGGUGCAGCUAUUGAUAUAUGUCAGCAGAGAUAUGUUCACGCUUCUGAGCAUAUUAUCUUCUUGUGUUGUCGUAAAUGGUGACACGGAGGCAGAGAAGGAGAAACGUCGUAAGCGGGUACGGCAUGACUACGAGAGAGAAAAAUAUGAACGCCUUUACGACCCGCGCGUGCUUGUCAACAGAACACGCUUCGCUGCGUGCGACCGCUCGCGAGCAUUGUACGAGUUUCAGCGUACUCCGAAAUCCAUGGAAUUGUUAAGACGAACGCCGAGUCCUUGCAAGUGGCCAUUAAUUGGCACCGAAGUACCGGGGACCAAUUUGCUCCUACUGGCCGUUUACAACAACUGCACCAAUCUAGGGAAACCGGUCAACAACCCGUUUUAUAAUCAGCUGGUGACGAUAGACGAUGGAGAUGAAGGCCGCGUGCGGACUGCAGCGCGUCUGGCAUGCUGGCGUAACCGCGUGCCGCUGCCAGCGCGCGCGCCCGCCACCGCAUGCUAUCCGCACAACUACUCAUACGAAGCAGGUUACAGGCAGUGUGGUCCUUGGCUACCAGACCCCGAUACGGCCAGCAACAUUCAAAUUUCAAAAUUGCUUCUUUUCAUCGUUCUUGUUAAUAUAUUAAUUAAUAUUUAUAUUACUACAUAACAAAAAGAACCCUCUAGUGUUUUUCCUUUGCUUAAAUAAGUAAAGAAACUGAGAUCUGAUUUACAUAAGUUAUAGGUGCAUACAUAUGUUACGAAAUAAAACAAUAUAACAUUCCGA